CAAAACCAUCCCAAAGAGAAGGCGCCUUUUCCCAACCCUGAUGUCUGAGCCAGACCCAGUGCCUCUCUCUGAGCCAGACCCAGUGCCUCUCUCUGAGCCAGACCCAGUGCCUCUCUCUGAGCCAGACCCAGUCCCUCUCUCUGAGCCAGACCCAGUACCUCUCUCUGAUCCAGCUGAGACCAGCAAGCCCCAGCAGAAGGCAGGAAUCUUCAACCCACCUGCCACAAAGCGACUGAAGAGGACCAGAAAGUUGGAGCCAGCCCCAGGCCUUCUCUCUGAGCCACCAGAGAGCAUGAAGUCAAAGGAAAUGGAGAUCCCAGGUCCACCUGCCACAAAGAGACUGAAGAGGACCAGGAAGUUGGAGCCAACUCCAGCCCCUCUCUCUGAACCUCCAGACACCAGAAAGUCAAAGAAGAAGAAAAUAAUCCCUGGCCCACCUGCCACUCAGCAAGUGAAGAGAUCCAGAUCUCCUCCCAGCCCCUGGACCCCUAACCCAGUGAAGACUAGACGUAGGACACCUACAGCCAGACCUCCUACCUGUGAGAUAGGUGUAACUACAUUUACCUUGAGAUCGAAGGUAGCGACAAGCCCUACCUUGAAGUCAGGUGUAGUCACAUCCCCAUCUAGCGGUGAAGCCUUUUCCACAUCCCCUGAGAGGAAGAAGAACAGGAAGAGGGCCAGGUGCAGUGGUGCGGCCGUUCCCACCCCCCCUGAGAGGAAGAUGAAGAAGAGGGCGAGGUGCUGCCCUGUCCCGCUGAACAACCCCUUGUCUGUCUGUCGGUCGAAGAGGGCCACCCAGGGCAGGAAGGCCUGUGUGUGGUGUAAACAGGAGAAAGAGUGGAUGAAGACCAUCUGGCAGUGUGAGGCCUGUCAGGUGGCCCUCUGUCUCAUACCGGGCAGAAACUGCUUCAGGGCCUGGCACAAGACUCACAAGUGGAACGAGGAAGUCAUCUUCAGUCUGUUUUCUUAAAUGUUGUCAAAUAUGUGGGUCUGGAGCUUCAGCAUGAGAUAUUAAUGGUUUGUGGUCAAAAAAGCCCACUUUCAAUUCCUAGUUCAUAUGGUUUUAGUAGAAUUCAGGCAUACAUGCAUUAAAUAAUAAAUAUUUCAUUUGUGGGUGUUUUUGCAUAAAAAGGAAGUUGAAAAGUUUGCUACAUUUUCUU